UCAGCUGACAGAGAGCCUCGAAGGAAGGAGGGAGCGGUCGACAUCUUGAAUAAGGGCAGAUGACAAACUGACCGUAAGACAAAGCAAGGUGGGGGAGCAUCUUCUGAGCAACUGGAGAUUCCUGCGGAAUAGACUUCAUUUCUGGUGAAAGACGACGGCCCAGUGUGAGGGUGUGAGAGAAACAUAGUUGUUUCAUCAUGUUGCAUGAAGACUAAACAAUUGCCAACAUGAUUGGAGGACUGUUCAUCUACAACCACAAGGGGGAGGUGUUGAUCUCCCGUGUCUACCGAGAUGACAUAGGGCGUAAUGCAGUGGACGCGUUCCGCGUAAACGUGAUCCACGCCCGGCAGCAGGUGCGCUCCCCCGUCAACAACAUCGCCCGCACUAGCUUCUUCCAUGUCAAGCGCUCCAACAUCUGGCUGGCGGCCGUUACCAAGCAGAACGUCAACGCCGCCAUGGUGUUCGAGUUCCUCUACAAGAUGUGCGACGUCAUGACUGCCUACUUCGGCAAGAUCAGCGAGGAGAACAUCAAGAACAACUUUGUGCUGAUCUACGAGCUGCUGGACGAGAUCCUGGACUUUGGGUACCCCCAGAACUCUGAGACGGGAGCCCUGAAGACCUUCAUCACCCAGCAGGGCAUCAAGAGCGCGCAUCAUACGAAGGAGGAGCAGUCCCAGAUUACCAGCCAGGUGACUGGACAGAUCGGCUGGCGGCGGGAGGGUAUCAAGUACCGGCGCAAUGAGCUCUUCCUGGACGUUCUGGAGAGCGUCAACCUGCUCAUGUCGCCUCAAGGUCAGGUCCUGAGUGCGCACGUGUCCGGCCGUGUGGUCAUGAAGAGCUACCUUAGUGGCAUGCCCGAGUGCAAGUUCGGCAUGAACGACAAGAUCGUCAUCGACAAGCAAGGCAAAGGUGGCGGCACCGACGAAGCCGGCAAGAGCACUGGGAAGCAGUCCAUAGCAAUCGAUGACUGCACAUUCCAUCAGUGUGUGCGUCUCAGCAAGUUUGACUCGGAGCGCAGCAUCAGCUUCAUCCCCCCGGAUGGAGAGUAUGAACUCAUGAGAUACCGCACCACUAAAGACAUCAUCCUGCCUUUCCGGGUGAUUCCGCUGGUGAGGGAGGUGGGUCGCACCAAACUGGAAGUGAAAGUGGUGAUCAAGUCCAACUUCAAACCCUCACUGUUGGCGCAGAAGAUUGAGGUGCGCAUCCCCACUCCUCUCAACACUAGCGGGGUGCAGGUCAUCUGCAUGAAGGGCAAGGCCAAAUACAAGGCCAGCGAGAACGCCAUUGUGUGGAAGAUCAAGCGCAUGGCUGGCAUGAAGGAGUCUCAGAUCAGUGCUGAGAUUGAGCUGUUGCCCACAAACGACAAGAAGAAGUGGGCCCGCCCUCCCAUCUCCAUGAACUUUGAGGUGCCCUUCGCUCCUUCAGGGCUCAAGGUGCGCUACCUGAAGGUCUUCGAGCCAAAGCUGAACUACAGCGACCACGAUGUCAUUAAAUGGGUGCGCUACAUCGGACGCAGCGGCAUCUACGAGACGCGCUGCUAACCGGCCGCCACUUCCUCCCCACCUGCGACUCAACCUCGGGGAAGGUAGGAGGGCUUUUGGCUGAUGGGAAGUCAGAGACAGGAGUGUAAAAGGAGCGUGAGUGCAAAGGCAGAUGGGAUUGAUUUCCUCUCCUGGUCUCCUUCCUCCUGUGUCCCUCUUGCUCUUCCUCAUCAUUGCCCCUCACCAUGGGAGCUGCCUGAAGACCAACAGAGAAGGGACAGAAAGAACAGCAUUCCUGAAAGUAUUCCGGACGUCAUUUACUCUAAGCUAAUGCAAACCUGUCUUGUGGAGACAUCCGCCGGUGAAUACUCUGAUAGGGGUUGUGUGUGUUUGGGGGGGGGGGGGGGGGGACAUCGGCAGUGGACACAAAAGAAGGAAUCAAAUUAACGUUCCCCAGUGCCAUUCUAUACAGCGGAAACAUCCCAUCCCUGCUUAACGAGUCCACGAUUCUAUUCCUCCCAAUACUCCCCCUGAUGCCCCAUCCCACACCACCCCCCAUUCCGUCACCCUUUCCUUUAGCUCUGUGAUGAGGACGUGCUUCCUUCUCCUAGCCGUAGUAAGUGAGCGGUCUUUCUGUUCCUGUGGUAUCCAGCACACUACCUGCCAACCCCACCCCCUCUGUCUCUGCUGUUGUAAUCAAACCUUAGGCUGUAGUGUGUAGUCUGUUUAUGGGCGUACCUUGUAAUAAGUCAAGCCCCUAUUUCGCCAUAGUGUGUUUUUUUUUUUUUUGUACGUCAUUAUUUUUGUACUGCGUCUCAACUUCAGCAUAUUAGUAAGAUUUCUGUUUUUUUGUAUUGUGUUAGUUGUACAACAGCCUCUUUCUAUCUCUUGGUUGUUGUAUCAAUGCCAUGUCCCCACUCUCUUUUAACUCGCCAGUCUAACCCCCCCCCCCCCCCCCCCCCCCUCACUGCUUUUUCACUAGCUGUAAGGUCUAAAUGCCAAUGUUAUACAUCUACUGGCGCAGAUGAUAAUGCCAUCUUCUGCUGUGUAUUCUUUUUUUAGGUAUUGUUUAAUCGUUUUACUUUUGUUUGUUCUGUUUAUUUUUUCUGUUUGUUUUUUUUUAUGUGCAGUUUUCACUUUGUGACCAAAAUGUUCAGAGCGAAUGGAAGCAGACAUUUAAAACAAAAAAAAAACUCUAGUGUGUGUAUAUAAAUAUAUUAAAUACAUAUUAUAUAUUAUAGAUAUCAGAAAAGGUUAAAAGUAAACUACCAAGCAGAGCUUAAAAUGAAUUUCUCUGCCAGUAUUUGCUGUCAGGUUUAGUGUUGUGUAGGAGUCUCCUUUAGGCAGAUAUGUGUGUAUUAUGUAUGUGUGCGUGUUUGCGUGUGUGAAUUUGAGCUCCUUGAUCCAAGACCUGCUCCACAUCUCUCAGGGGUAUAACCGUCACACCCUCUUUCUCUAACUAACCUUCAUUUAGCCCUUGGCGAGCUUGGCACUGUGUGAGCCUCGGGAGCACCUGUAGUCACCGCCAAACUCUGCACUGAUGACCUACAUCUUUGACCACGCGUUUACAACUGUCCAUUCGGACUUUUAUCUCUUAAAUUACUUGACCACAAGGCACCGCACCUCUGCAAAAGAGGGGAGGAGCACUGAAAAAUGCUAAGGGCAGCAUCCGUGUUUUAAAGGGUGUUUCUCGCUCAUUCUCCAGCGUCCCUCCGAACCUGAAUCAUGAAUUUGGUUUCAUCCGUGUCGCAGCCCUUUGAAAUAUUCAGCAGGGUUUGGAAAGGGGAAGGGGGCUCGCUCGGCACUCAGCUGCUGCACUCUUGAAGCCAUCGAUUUCUCCCCCUGGACAAACGGCAGCCCUGCAUUCCCAGUACUAAUCCUAAUAUAACACUACAGUUAGCCUGAGUAGUUUAGGCCGUCUUGUGUAAUUACAUUCCUGGUCUUUCAUUCCCUCUGUCUCAGUGUCCCAAACACUAGACUUAACCCUCUUAUUAUGCCCUGAGUGAUGGUGGGUAACUCUUUGGGGUUUAUUCCUAUUGGCUUCAGUGUCUGAUCUCCAUUUGGUAACUUUGUGACUGUCCAUUUAAUCCCAACAAUAAAAAAUAAAGAGUAACCAA